AUGGAUAGCCGAAACGCCAGGUAUCGCUCGCUCGACCCCAAGGCUGCUGUAUCGCCGCCUCGGACCCGCGAGAGGCAUAACUCAGCUCCCUCGGUUGAUAACCGACGGAGAGAGCAACAUCCCCGACGCCCGUCAGUCGCUUCCAGACCAUUAGAUGCCACUUACCGCAGCUCCAAAACCGGGUCUCGUGAUGCAACUCGAACCUCGCCCGAAAGAAGGACCACGACCCGGCACUCCGGUCGACCCUCUGCCACGGACUACUCCUCGGGGGCAAAGCCAGCCAACAUGACCAGUCACUCUGACCUCAAGCCACCCAUCAAUAUUUUGGUCGUGGGCGCUCGGGGUUGUGGCAAGACCUCCUUUAUCAGAACCGUCGCCCAGGGACAGGGCUCUUCGUCUGUAACCCAGGUCGCUGUCAAAGACCAAUCAUAUCGUGUACACUUUAUCGAGCUGUCGCUCGACGACAUUGAUUUCAGUAGCGGACGAAGGAUAGAAUGGCCCCCCUACGUCAACGGGUCCCCGUUUCCAGAGCUUGACGGAGUCUUUUGUCUCUAUGACGUCUCGGACAGGGAAAGCGUCGCUGAUGUCCCUACAGCGUUGACUUCCAUGGCCAACAGUGGACUGUCUUGUAUGCUGCUUGCUUCCAAGUGCGACGUAAAGCAGGAGUCUCGUCAGAUCAGUUCCAAGUUUCACGAGCAGAUUCGCCGCAGUCUAGCGAACGUCGCUAUAGCCGAGGUAUCUGUCAAGUCUCCUGAGGGUGCCCAACUUUGUCUGUUGGCCAUGCUGGACAGAGUCAGUACCUCUCCUCGGGCAUCCGUUCGAACGAGCGGAUCAUCACAUGCCUCCAGCCGGUCUCUGGGUAGCCAGCGUGCCGUUUCCAGGGAUCCGUCACCGAGGAAAAAUAGAAGCCGUAGCCGAUCGAAUAACCGCUUACAGAGUUCCAAAUCCAAGGAGCUUUUGCUGAACCUUUCGGCCCGUCCAGCUAUCAUUGAGUCAGCCGACGAAGAAAGCGAGGCGUCGCCUGUGGAAGAUGUAGUUUCCCCCGGUCGAAAGACGAAACUUCGCCUGGACACUUCGGCAGCUUCCAGACACCAACGUCGACCUGCAGGACCCCAUACGCCUGUCUCAUCAGGCGAUUUCACUAACCAACCGGUGCCUCUUGCGGAUCCCUUCACGAUGCCGGUCCCCGAAACCCCCGACUCUUACUAUGUGAAGUCCAUGCUUCGUCCCGCUUCAUCUGGAACCCCCAACAAUCGAGCCUAUCAAACCUUUCUCAACAUGGAUGAAGAUCCGAACGAGCUCUCUCCACGCACGGAGGUUGACAGUAUGGCGCCAACUUUGACCGACUCGGCAACGAAGUUGACACUCGAUUACAACAAGCAAGAGUCUGGCGUACCGUUCACGGAGCUUGUGGAAAAGUUGCUGGCAUUGCCCGCUAAUAAGACCGACUCCAAAUUUGUCCCCUCGUUCCUGUGUCUGUACCGUGCAUUUGCGACGCCUCGACAACUGCUUGUGGCCAUCAUCGAUCAAUUCAUGAAGGUCGAGCAGAGCAAGAUGGUUCAUUUCAGCAAGGUAGCUGAAAUGCUGCGGUACCUAUCAGUGUUAGCUCAAUGGACCGCUAACUAUCCUGGGGAUUUUGCUCUUGGACCGGCUCGGAACGUUGCCGUCCCUUUCGUGCAGAGCAUUGAGAAGAGUAAAGUGUUUGCCCCUGCCGCCCGAGAAAUCAGCAAUAAUCUGGACACGAUUGUUCCAGAUGAAGAUGCGGACUGGGCAUAUACGGAGGCCGGAAGCACCUCGGAUGGGAAACGCAGUAAGAAGCCGUCGUCCUCUACGACCUCCCUUCCGUCGUUGAGCAACGAAAGAGGUACGAAACUCGACCAGAAGCCCCGACGAGACGCUAGCGACAGCGGGGAAGACGCCGAUUCUACUGCACGUGGCCCGAAUGCUCCUUCGUCGUCGUCGUCGUCGUCGGGUCUUCCAAAAUCGAGUAACACGUCCAGCCAAUCAUACACGAAUCACUUGCAACUGCGCAAUGCAAAAGCACGAGCCGAAAAAUACAAAGUAACCCCAGAAAUCCGUCUGAGCAAGUUCCAGUGGCAUCAAUUCAUGGAAACUCCUGUUGAAGAGCUUGCUCACGAAAUCACCCGCAUUGACUGGACCAUGUUUUCUGCAAUCAGGCCACGGGAUUUUGUUCGGCACGCGUGGCUUUCCACCAAAGAGAAGAGCAAGUCUCAUGCUGGCGACAAUAUCAGUGCCAUGGUCAGGCAUUUCAACCAUUUGGCAUUGUUUGUUUCCGGUAUGAUAUUACUGCGAGAUAAGCCGAAGCAUCGGGCCAGGGCUUUAGAAAAAUUUAUGGCGCUGGCAUGGAAGGUGCGGCAGCUGAAUAAUUACAACUCUCUAGGUGCAAUAGUGGCGGGAAUCACUGGCCAUGAGGUCGCACGUCUUGCUGCUACACACGAGCUGAUAUCUCCUGACGUCCAGAAGCAAUUCCUGCGCUUGACCAUUCUGAUGGGACUCCCGAAAUCGCACGCUGCGUAUCGAAUGGCUUGGGACAAUUCGGGCCGUGAACGGAUUCCUUUCCUACCGCUGGUGCGGCAGGACCUCACCAUGGCCGCUUCGGCAAACCCCACAUUCAUCGGCACGAACGUUAACUGGAAAAAGUUUGAGAUUAUGGGAGAGGUGAUCGUGGGUCUCCAGAAAAGUCUGCAGGAGCAUUAUACCUUUCCGCAACGAACUUCUCGCACUGAGGAGACGGUCAAACUAGUCUUGGAGACCAAGAUUGUGGACGAACCCGAGGACUCUGCCGAUCCUCGCAGUGAGCUAUACGAUCGAAGCGUGCAGGUUGAACCACAAACUGGAGUUGAUACCCGGAAAAAGUUUGAUUGGCUGCGGCGCUGA